AAAGAACCGCAGGGCCCAUAAUAGCUUCUAGAUCAGGCCCAAUAAAAAGAAUUCUUAGAGGGCCCCAAUCUUUGGACAUAUAAGAGCCCAUUAAGAAAGGGCCAUUCAGUCUCACGGAUCAUUCGUGGGCCAUUCACGGUUCUCUCGGGACCGCCAUUAAAGUCUGCUAAACACCUCACCGCUCCCAUUCACUCCAUUCACGUUUUAUCAUGUCCAUCCCCAGCCCCUGCUUCUUCUCCUCUCUAAAUCCCCUCAUCUGUUCAACCUCCAUGAAUUCAUCAUCCCUUCAAAGAUCUCUCCUUCUUCCUCCUCCUAAAGAACUUCAAAAUGAGAAAAGGCAUACGAAAUUUCUGCAAUGGCGAUUGCUCCACUUCCAUACUCAACCAGCAAAACAAUGACCCGCCAGAGAACAAUCCAACAUUGGAGGAGAUGAUAUUGCAGUUGGAAUUGGAAGAAGAGGUUGCAAGAAAAGAAAAGCUGAAUGAAAAUCGCGGUGGUGUUGCUAUGCGAGGACGAAUGUCUUGCGUUAACAACUCUGACAUUCUUCGAUCCGCGAGGAACGCCUUGAAUCAGUACCCUCGGUUUUCGCUCGACGGAAAGGACGCCAUGUAUCGAUCUUCGUUCAGAAACAACUUCGGUGGAGCCGUUGAAAAGCCUGGGAGGAAGUCGGUUUGUUGCGAUUACGGAAUCAGAGAGAGACUGAACGUGUUCGAUUCGAAACCGGGGAGGAAAUCGUGCAGUUUGGGAGGGGAGAGCGUGAUGUGGUGCAAGCCUGGAGUGAUAGCGAAAUUGAUGGGUUUGGAGGCGAUGCCAGUGCCGAUUAGUAGCAGGAAUGGUAAAGAGACGUUGAGUUGUAUCGUGAAGAGGCAGAAUUUGAGGAGGAGAGCCGAAAGACAUGAAAUGGAGAGAAAGCUUGUCAUGAACGGUGGUGAGAGAAUAACUAGAAGUAGGAAGGGCGGGUAUUGUGUGAUGAAGCCGGUGGCGGUGGAGGCGGAGGCGGAGGCGGCUAGUGUUGGUGGGGCUUGGCCGACUAGGCGUUUCCUUUAGAUGCUCGCAGCCGAUUCGACGCUUUCUGUUUCUACAUUCUAGUAUGAUUUGUGCUUCGAAUUGCUGUAAUGUUAGUGAUGGGCCUGAUGGCUGUCAAAUCUGUCUCUCGUGGGCUAAACCUUUGAGCUUUGAUACUACAAUUUAAGCCCAAUAUGUUUAGUCUUGGGCCAAUGAGACUUACGACCUUUGGGCUUUGAUACCACUAUUUAAGCCCAAUUAGGUUCAAUCUUGUGCCGAUAAGACUUAAAAUCUCCUCAUCACUGCACUUUGUGUCUUUUUUGAGAGGCCCAAUAGGACAGCAGUACUCGUUAGGCCCACAAGAGUUUAAGAUCUCCUCUUCACUGCACGUCAUGUCUUUCUGAUUUAAGACAAAUGUUUGACAAUGUUCUUCCACAUUUACUAGUUAAAUUUCGAAAGAAGCAAUUGCAUGUUGGUUGAUCUGGCAACUGGAUGUGUUAAAGAACAAAUAUAUCAUAUC